CCUCAGCAACACGAGUGGCCUCCAAGCGACGAGAGCUCCAACCAAAAGCGGGGCACCAGGACGGACCAGGCCGGCCCGGAGAGCAGAGCGGGCCAGGCUCACUGCCACCAAAGGAGCAACGAUUAAACGUUGGUAUCAUCCAAAGUCUUCACAGGCGUAGGGGUCUUCUGGAAUCUUCGUCGAGCCUGGUUCUGAACCGGAGCUGGCACGUUCACUGAUGCCCAUCCCGAGACAGGAACCAGAAACAAAAGGAGAAGGAUUAGCGUAACUGCUGUUCAUUCCAUUUCAGGCAGAAAUGACUGAGAUGAGACAUGUAUGUGAAUGCUAGGCUAAAGAAAUGUGUCUUGGAUCUGGAUUUUUUUGGUUAACUGGGAAAUAUGAGGCGAACGUGCUAACCCUAAGCCACCGGUGUCUCAAGGUUUCUUCUUCAUGUGGUCUCAGGGUGUUUUUCCUCACCACGUCGCCUCUGACGUGCUCACCAGGGACCAAUUUAUCAAUUAAGAACUGAGAUAUUUCGGUAAAUCUGCUUUGUGACACUGUCCACUGUUAAAAGUUCAGAGUGAUUAAAAAUGACAUGAAAAUCCCUCCAUGCUGCGUGAAAAACUCCUGACUGAAAUGAAUUUAAAAUACACAUGAGGAUAUUGUAGGUAUUUUUUCUGUCUGCUGCUAUAAAUAUAUCUUUGCGGAACAGCAUGUAGGUUUUUCUGUCUCGAACUGUUUUUAUUUCUCAGUCUGACUUCUCGGUUUGACGCGGAAGGUCACUCAGCUGGGAGAAGAACACAGAAGCAGGAGUUGAAAGACGGAGGAGGAGCUGGGAGGUGAAAGGGGAUUUUCCGCCGCACCGGCAACCAAUCAGAAGCGACAUAAACACGUUACGUCAUUUUUUUUUUUCCAUUUCGCUUUGCGCGAGCCAGACAGCGACCCGGUCCUCGGUGUCUUUACCUCCGUUAUGCGCGUCUCCAAAAACACGUUGAUCUGAAAAGAGAAGAGUGAAAAUGUCUGCCGUGCUGCAGGAGGUGGAUGAAGCAGAGCUGGUGCGCGUGGCGUUAGUCAGAAGCAGCGCGGGCGCGUGCUUACGGGGCGUCCUGAAGAGAUCCGCGCGCGCAGUCGCUCUCAAACUCCUUAACACGGACAGCUGUUUGUCACAGAUCCAGGACGCAUUGGCGCAGGGUGGAGAGUGUGUGGGGCGGGUUCUGCAGCCUGUAGGUGUGUAUCGGAGUCGUUUUCUCACUGGCCUGCUGUGGGACUGGAUGCCUGAAGGAUCUCUUCAUUCUCUGCUGUAUGAGACUCGCCUGUACCCGGACCUGCCGCUGGUUCUCCGCUUACGGAUCCUGCUGGACGUGGCCGAGGGUCUAAAGGUCCUUCACUCCGUCUCUCUGCCUCACGGUGCGCUGAAGACCACCAACGUCCUGCUGGACCACCAGUACCGCGCUAAACUGUGUGACUGGGGACAGCAGAUGCUCGUGGACGUGAGAACCCGUGUCUCUAACGGCGGCGCUCCGUGUUUUAGAGACCUGGCUUUCCUGGCACCGGAGGUUCUGCUGGGAAACGUUCCGUGUGUGAAGUCUGACGUGUACAGUUUUGGGGUUCUGAUGUGGGAGACUCUGAACAGACGACCGCCGUGUGAAGGUUUCGAUCAGCUGCAGAACCUCGUUAUGUGCACUCAGGAAGGGGCGGAGCUAGGUAUGGAGAUUAAUCUGUUGCCCCUGAAGACACCACAAAGCCACGCCCUCACUCAGCUCAUGACCAGAUGUUGGUCUGUUGAUCCAAAACAGCGUCCGCCGGCUGAAGAGUGUGUGCUGGUGCUCAGGAAGGUUCUGGAAACACUGGACUCGGGAGCUCUUUGUACAGCGGUCCACCUGAUAAAAACGUGCAAGGAGAGGGCGCUGCUGAGCUGUAAUCACACUCCAGCCUGGGAGUUGCCUGUGGAGCUCAACAACCUGGAGGGCUACGGUGGCUGCACACGUCCAAAAUCCCUGAUGUCCAAGGCGAUUCCGGUGACGGUGCCGCACUCACACCGACACGCCGCUCGAACCUGCAAAUCGGACGAGACGACUCCGAGAGGAAGUCCGCCUUCUCCCAGUCCGGCACGGGCGUCGCCUCCGACACCAUGCUGCAGGGAUGCGUCAGACGGUCCGGGGAGUUUAUCCGGCAGUAACCGGGAGAGACGUUGCAGUGGAGUUUGUGGCGUAAAACCGUCUCGAGCAUCUCCACCACCAAACACGCCGUCCGGCUCGCCCACGUCCCCGAUACACACACCUCUACAGCCCGCAAACCAGCCCGUGUGUCCCGCGUCCUCCGGCUGGACGUGCUGUCGGCUCCUGCGGGAGAGACGUGAGGCCAUCGUGCGCUUCAUGACCGAGGGGCGACUCAACAACCUGCUGGACGUGUUGCGGGCGAGGCGGGCGGUCACACGCGAGGACUACGAGUUCAUCACGGCGGCCAUGACACUGAGCGCACGCACGCGCUGCCUCCUGGACACGUGCGCUUGUCUGGGGGAGAAAGUCGCCGUCCUUGUAGCCACCACUCUGGGUCUGGUCUCUAUCGAGGCCACAAACGGACACGCCCGCUCUGUCUCUCUCUUCUAAAGGCCAGGGAAUGAAAUCACUAAAGUGUUCCUCUGUUAUUGACCUCGUUAGUGAGUUAUCUAAGAAGCAUCACGCCCUUUGUUAUAGAGACGGCGACAGAUCUGAUGUAAACUCGGGGCGUGUGACUUGAUCAGACGAGAGCUGAUUUGAUCACAGAGCGUUAGACAUCAUCAGCAGCAUUCUGUGGAGGUGUGAACAUCUUAAUCAGCACCUUUUUAACUCUUUUAAGUGAAUCUCAGGCUAUCAAAGAGGUCCGUGAUCUAUUACAACCUAAUUAAAGGAGCGUAUUUAUUCAGUUGUUUGUAAAAAAUGUUUUUUUUAAAAAAAAAAUUAGAUGUUUUUAGUUUCUAUGGUCUUCUUUUUUUUUUUUCUGUCCAGCUUUAAAUGUACUCAUUGUUUCUGUCGCUUUUAUGAACCUAUAUGUGAGCUGGGAUUGUCCAUAUUUCUCUCAGUAUGUAAGCAUGGUAUGCUCUCCCGUAGGAGACGUCGUGCACGUUGCACAAACACGAGUAUUUCCUCAUCUAGUAGUGGAUUUUAUCCUGCAAGUAUCUUGUAACAAGAACGUCUUUAUUUUUUUUUUUUACUGUUUUAUACAGCACCACGGUACAGCUCAUGUACCGUAUGGGAUUAAUCGGUGGACAUUAAACUAAGUUUAAACGCUGUGGUGUGUGUUGGGGGUUUUUUUUCUUUCUUUUCUUUCAGUUCACGUGUCACGCCGCCUCUCACACGCUCGCUCUAAUGACGUGCCGUCUCUCCGUGAACAGCAUCGGGGUCUCUGUACGCUCCUCUCUAAAGUCACUUUUGUUUUGAACGUGUCGGAUUUCUCACCCGUGUUAUACUCUGUCACGUGCAGCGCUGUCUGAACCGGAGAUCAGAAAACCGGUGAUGGCGUGUUGAUUAGUUUUCUAUAACGGCACGUCUAAGAAGUAAAAGCGGUGUAAAAAAGAAAACGCAUCUAUUUCAUUUAAAAAAAAAAAUGUAACCAGUUAUGAUUAUUUAAUCACACGAGUAUUAAACAUACACGUACAAACAAUCAUUCAUUUAGUAGUAAAGGAGUAAAUAUAAUAAGAGAAUGUUUGUUUGUUUGUUUGUUUGUUUGUUUGUAUACUCAUUACUGGCAAACCUCAUAUAUUACUACUACUACUACUAAUAAUAAUAAUAAUUUCACCACGGAGACACAGUGGCUUAGUGGUUAGCACGUUUGAUUCCCACCUCCACCCUCACUCGAUCGAUUCCCACCUCCACCCUGUGUGCACGCACUUUUCAUGUUCUCCCUGUUUUUUGGGGGUUCCUCCGGGUACUCCGGUUUCCUCCCCCAGUCCAAAGACAUGCGUUGUAGGCUGAUUGGCAUGUCCAAAUUGUCCAUAGUGUGUGAAUAGAUGUUCGAGUGUGUGUGAAUGUGCCCUGCACCUCUGUGCCUUUACCAGACUGCCAUCAGGCAGACGGUACCGCAGCAUUCAAUCCAGACCCAGCAGGCUGAAGAACAGUUUCUACGA